UCAAGUAUAAAAAAGCUAAGAGAAGAAGAAGAAUUAGUUCGGAGAGAAGAAUUAAAGCAACUAAUUUCUAAACAUGAAGCUGCGUUGAGGAAUUUAUUUUUUAUGGAAAUUAUGACGAAUGAUCUCGAUAAUAUAGAAGUGUAUACAGAGAUAAUAGAUCCAUCAAAAAUAGAUAAGACAAAAUUAAAUGAAUAUUUAGAGAAAAAUAAAUUGACCGAAGAUCUUCCUGAUGUUGAAAAAAGCACAAAUACUUCAAACACCUCAGGGCAAUCUCCAAGUUCACAAAUUAAUACACAACAGUCUCAACCACAACCCCAGUCUUCAAAUGAUCAAAAGGCUCAGAAUAAAAAGACAAGACGUGUUUCAUUACCACCUGCUGAAAAAAUGAUUACAAGGUUACACAGUGGUGCAAUUAAAGAAAAAAGUGUAGCUGAAAUCAUAGAAAAUGCUGAGCAGCGAAACCAAUUCGGGGUCUCCAACACAUCUACUUCAAAUAUAACAUCACCUACAUCUGCUACGAGUUUUAGGUUGCCCACAGUAAAAUUAAAUGUACCUCAAAGAAGACAUUCUUCUCAUAAAUCAAAUAUGGUUUCUCAAAAAUCUGGUGAAGGAAGACAACAAAAUGCUAUUAGUAGAUCAGAUAAUACCUCACGUUCUAUGGAUCGUGAAUCCAUUAUAUCAAAUUUCACUAUACAGCCUUUACAUAAACUAGUACAAGAUACGACAAAAGCAGUAACUUCUGAAAAUUGGGAUACUGCUUGUGAUGAGACUAUUUAUGCAAGGAUAUUACAACGUAUAGAGGAACUCAAAGAUGAAGAUUCUUGGAGUUUUGAACAGAUUGAACCCUUCAUUGAUCCACCUAGGAAAAAAACACAUCAAGAUUAUUUAUUGGAAGAGAUGAAAUGGUUAGCAAAAGAUUUUAAAUUUGAGAGAAAAUGGAAAAUUGCUGCAGCUUUUCAUAUGGUUCGUUGGGUGAUGGAAUGGCAUGAAACUGAUGACAAAUCUUCAAUAUGUGUUAAAUGUGUUAAGCCUCAUAAUUCCUCCCCAAAUUCAGUAGAGUCUUUAAGAAAUAAAAUUAUCAACUUGUCAUUAAAUGAUAUCGUAUGUACAUUAGAAACACAAGAUGGGCAAUUUUAUGAUAUCGAAAAGGCUUUCCCGGAGUUACCGGCAUACACACCACCUAAGCCUUCUCCUGAUGAUAUUUAUAUUGACGAAAUUCAUUGUCAUCGCAUUAUUCCUGUAUCGAAAAUUAUGUAUAGACAGAAACACAAUGUCCGAAAAGGAGAAUCUAGUACUAUUCGUGAAUAUCAAGAUGAGGAUCCUUAUUAUAAAAAAAUUAAAAAUGAAAAUUCUGAUGAGGCUGAAUUAAUCGAUGAUGAGAGUUACUCUAAUAAAAUUUUCUGGUCAGAAUCACAUCAGAACAAUAAACAAAUAAAAGAUUUAACAAAGAAUUUUUCAAAAUUUGACACACCUAAAUUACGUCGUAAUUUUAACUUGACAGAAUCAAUAAAACGAGUGUCUAAAAUUCGCCAAGACAAUAUCACUAAAAAUCAAACUCAAAGAAGAAUACAUGAUCAACAUAUAUCAUCCCGAAGAAUUGCAAAUCCAAUGGAAUUGAGUCAUAUCAAGAUUGAACAAGAACGUCAAGUACAAGCAGUAUUAUAUGAACAGCGACACGCUGCAGCUGUUGCUUUUCAAGGACACGGAAGACCAAUUUAUAUGAGAUCACAAAAUCCAAUAAUUGCACAAGGAAGAACAUCAUCUGUUGCUGUCGCAAAUGCGAAUCAUAUUCAAGCUUUUGUAAUGCAAAGGCAAGCACUAGCUCAGGCUCAACAGCAGCAGCAAAGACUUUCUCAACAACAAAUGACGCCUAAUAUGACGCCUAAUAUGACGCCCAAUAUGGCACCUAAUAUGGUACCUGCUUCUCAAGCUCAAUCUUUACAGGUUCAACAAUAUUACAAUUCACAACUUCGAGGUCAACAAUUCCAAUUUUAA